AUGGUUGAUACCGGUUCUUCUUGCAGUAUUUGGCCUCUUCGUCUCACUGCAGAUGGGCCUAAGCGUUCUGCCAUUGUUUUGCAUGCAAUUGACUCAUCUUCCAUUGCUACAUUUGAUCAGAUUUCUUUACGCCUGGAUAUCAAUCUUUGUCGAGAUUUUCAAUGGGUUUUUGUCGUAGCUGAGAUACCGCAUCCUAUUCUGGGAGCGGACUUUUUGGACAAUUUUAAUCUAUUGAUAGAUGUCAGGAGACAGAGACUCGUUGAUGGUUCUAUGUCUUUGUCUACAUCUGCAAAGACCACUACCAAUGCUGUUCUGAGUUCUUCAUUUUUUGUUGCCACUGCUGGUGAUGCAUUUCACUCACUCUUAGCUUCUUUUCCAGAGCUAGUAGAUCAGACUUUUCAUUCAACAAAACCUACUCACUUGACCCUCCACUAUAUUACCACCACUGGGCCACCUGUUUUUUCACGCCCGCAUCCAUUUGCUAUGUGCGAGAUCACAAUGAGGCUCAUGAUGGCAAACUAG